AUGAGUAACAAACGAUAUAGUCACCUAUCUACAACGAGGAAAGAACACUUUAAUACGGAAAAGGAGAUCCAGAAGUACCAGUUGGAUGUAUCCACUUUUGAUGUUAUCAAGGUCAACAACUUCAGAAACUAUAACUGCUCCACGCUCUUCUGGUAUUUUUACAUGUGGACAUUGGUUUUCUUGUCGUUUGCAUUGUUGGCCACUGAUGUAUAUUCCUGUCUAAACAUCUUAGUCUUCCACAAAUGGGCCACAGAUGACUACAAACCCUAUGCAUACGCCAUUGCCAAAUGGAUCUUCACCGGCUGUAUAAUAUUUCAGUUUGUGUUGUUAUUCUACCAUUGGAUGUGGGCGAUUCAUAUCUUGAGGACGAAGAACAUAGCAUUGGUCUAUUUGAAUUCCAUUGCCAAGAAGGUGUAUUCUAUCAGGAGCUAUGAUUACUUUUGCUUGUUGAACAACAUCAACGAAGGAAGCUUUUUUGAUUGGUGCUGCUUUCUAACUUACUACGAGUUGGACAACGCUCUCCAGAUACUUGUUGCUGAUACUCCGCGUCAAGUCAUCAAUGUUUUGACGCUACGAUACUAUGCCACUGGUGGUGAGUUGAACAAUAACAUUCUCCAGAACAUUGAAGACAUCGCAAAGACCAACUUGUACUUGUCUAUUAUUCUUAGCUUCAUGUGCUUGUCGGUGUUCAUCUAUGCCAUCUUUUUCUUUCGAUUUUUGUUUGGCAUGAUCUGCUAUGUUCCAUUGAAAGUUCAAUUGAAAAAGGACAACUACAAUUCAUUCAAGGACUACUGUUGUAGCAUAGUGAAUGAUCACAUUGAGAAUGCUGUCCGUUUGAACCAUAAAUCGAAGACAGUGUUGUUGGAACAAGGUAUUCUAUCAGAAGAGAGAAUUGCCAAAUUGCCGGUGUUGGGAGAAAAUCCUCCAAAUUACAACGACUACUCGAAAACCUUUUACCGAACCACUACUCAAGACUACUCUACAAAGGAAUCCAUUAUCCCGUUGGGUAAUAUGAAGAACAGGUCUGAUUCGACACAUGACUUGGGGGUUCAAUAUGGUAACCAAAAGGAGGAACAUGUGUACUCUCCUAUCAACGACCAGCCAAACAUCGCAAGCAAGAGGUUGAGUGAAUUGAGAGAUAGAUAUAACGGUCAAAAUUUGACAUAUUCAAAUGUGGAUACCCAUGCAAACAAGGUUGAACGCACCUACCAACAAGACUUUGCAAAUUAUAAACCUAGAUUGAAAUCCAUUGAGAGCCAAAGUUCGGUUACUCCAUCUGCUCCUCGACAUAACAAUAUUAGAUCCAACAGUUUGCCAUACCAGGAGACUACCUCCAAGAACAAUAUUGGAAAGUUGCCUGAGAGAUCAUUUACAGAUAAUCUAGAAUAUCAUCCAAAAAGAAAGCAGCCACCUCCGUUGAUACUUGACAACAUGAAUAUGGAAGAAGGGUUUGAACAUGCGGAUGAGGAAGAUGGAAAAACAGUUCUUGAACUGUACCCAAUUCAACCACUAGAAAAGACCUACAUGCAAGAGUACCAGAAAUCUGAUUAUAGUCUUACACAACAGGGCAAUGAAUUAGCUUCACAAAGUGACCAAGUUCUGUCUUGGAAGCUCGGGAAUUCCCAGUUGGUUAACCCCUUCAUGAACUCUACCGAGGAGCUUUCCACGCCAUUAGUCGAAUCAGCAGGUUUCUCCAAUCAGAUGACGUAUCGGGACAACGAUUCCAUUCCAGAGGAACAAAACAAAGACGGCUCCAAAGAAGUUGUAGCGUCUAGAUCUGAAGUGUACCCUGUCAACGAUGGUGUCUUUGAUGAACUAUUAGACGAUAUCAGUUUUAGAAAUACUAAUAAUGAAGAUACACCAUAUCCGGUACGUGGGGUGUCAAAGUAUUUCAGUAGUGACUAA